AUAAAUAGUCAUUAAAAAUAGAAUUUAAAGCUCCCAUGAUCAUCUCAUUAACUCUCUCUCUCUUUCUCUCUCUAAAGUUGAAACUUUAAAAAACAGAUUCCUUUUAUAUUAUUCCCCAAAACAUCUCUGAUUUUCCCUUCCAUUUUCCCUUCCUUAAAUUCCCAAGAAACAAACACUCUGUUUUUUCUCUCCUCAAAUUCCUCAGAUCUCUCUCUAAAAUGAGAGACUUUGUUUCCUGUUUUAGCGAAAACUCCAUUAGCAUUUCUCAUCCAUCUUGCUCCAGCUACUCCAAUGCUGCCGCCGCCGCCGUUGUCUCUCCGCCGUCUCCGUCGCCUUCCGUGAAAACUGCUAUCACAAGCCUCUACGCCACCAGUCUCUCCGCCGCGCAGAAUCAGUUGAUGAUUUCAGUAACAUGGAUGAAAACCCACUCUGCUCAAAGUUUAGCCAUUAAUCUCACUCAAUCUCCGGCCGCCAUAGCCUUCAAACUCGACACAACCGCCCGAUUCUUCAAGAAAAACAAAGGCUCAAAAUCCUACGACUUCCAAUCCUCCAAAAUCGAAAUCCUCUGGGAUCUCACCGCCGCCAUUUACGACGGCGGACCAGAACCCAUUUCAGGAUUCUACGUUUUAAUCACGGUAGAUUCAGAAAUCGCUUUAAUUUUGGGGGAAAUUCCCAAAUCUUCUCGGCCUUAUAUCGUCAAAUCCGCCAUGGACGGGGACCCAGAAAGUCGAAAAUGGUGGUUGAUCUCAAGAACAGAGCAUUGCUGUGGAAAUACUCUGUUCUCAACGAAAGCAAAGUUCAGUGAAAAUGGGGUUUUUCAUGAGAUCUCAAUCAGAUGCAGUGGAGAAGAAGGAGGGAAAAAGCAAGCGCCGGGAUUAUGGGUUUGGAUCGACAAGAAAGCGGUGAUAAGAGUGAAGAGAUUGCAAUGGAAUUUUAGGGGAAAUCAGAGUAUUUUUGUUGAUGGGUUGUUGGUAGAUUUGUUGUGGGAUGUUCAUGACUGGUUUUUUGGGUCAGCCAUUAAUGGAUUUGGAGUGUUCAUGUUUAGAAGAAGAAGUGGAUUGGAGAGUAGGUUGUGGUUGGAAGAGGAGAAGAACAUCAUUUCUCAUAAUCACAUUCAAAAAAGUUUGGAUUUUUCAUUCUUGAUCUAUGCAAGUAAGACUUCAUGAUUCUGGAUUAUUCUUUUUUUUUCAUCUAUUCUCUCUCUCUCUUUUUUUUUUUUUUUUUUUUUUUUUUUUUUUU